AAUAAAUGCAUCUAUGACUGUCCUGUUUCCGGUCCUUUAUCAUGAACAGCAAGCAAGCGCUACUUUUAGUUUAGAAAAAACUUCUCCAUUUGACGAUUUCCUUUGCCUAUAUUCAUUCACUUCCAUCUGUAACCAUGCCUCCUCCUCAUCGCCACCAUGAUCACCAGCAUACACACGGUGGUGCAACACCACCGAAACCAAACCAAAAGCUUCUUUCCUUGAUCCUCAAAACCAUAAUAAUGACUGCAAUAACCACCCUUUUUUUCCUAUUCCUUGGUAUUGCCGCCAUCCUCCUCCUCAUUGCCACCGCCGCACUCCACCGCCACUCGAAUCCAUCCUCCAAUUCCUCAAAUGGGUUGUCUCUCAAAGAUUUAAAGAAGCUCCCAAUAUUCAGAUUUUCGACUCAGACAAGACCUGAAACGGGUGCUAAUCAAACUUCAUGUGUGGUUUGUCUUGAAGAGAUAAAGCAAGGACAGUGGGGUAGAAACCUUGUUGGAUGUGGUCAUGUGUUUCACAGGAAAUGUGUGGAUGCUUGGCUUGUCAAGGUUUCUGCGUGCCCUAUUUGCAGGACACAAGUUGAAUUGGUUCAUGGAGUAAAAGAUAGUCCAUUAUGGGACUUUGAUUGGACAAAUGAAUUGAGGGUUUGGUAGAUUUUUCCUAUCCUUUUCUAAUUGUGACCAAGGGCGGAUUCUGGUUUCCAAAGUGGUUGCGUUGUUCUGGAUACAUCAAUCACUCCUUCACCCAUUCUAUCAUGCCCCGUAAGCGCAAGCAAUUCGGCAGAACGCUACGCUUGGAACGAUGGAUUUGAAACAGUUUCUUGGAAAUGGGUUUUGUAAGAGAGUCUGUCAACUGAUCAACCAAGUAAACAUGAGAAACUCGUAUUAGACAUUUAGCAACUGGAUCAUGAAUAAAGUAGCAAAGUUUUUCAUACGAAAGUGGAAAAUUAAAUUUGGAUAGAGAUAUGUAGCCCCAACGUUGUCACAGUAUACUGUCGGGGUUGAGGAUAAUGUAACACCAAAUUCUCUAACAGGUCAGGUUAGAUGAGUAACUUUGAUAGUAACAGAUGCAAUGACAUGAUAUCCAGCUUCCAUUGAAGACUAAGCAAUGGCAGGUUAUUUCUUUCAACAAGAAGGAUGACAUAAGCAGAGGUGGACGUUGUAUCAUCAAUAUUACCAGCCCAAUCUACAUCAGCAAAGACAAAGGGAGAUGUAGAUAGUUGUUGAUUCAAAAACAAUCCAGAAUCAACACUACCUUUAAGAUGUAGUAGUAUUCUUUUGACAGCAAUCUAAUGAAGGUCGGAUG